AUGCGUCACCCGAAACACGACCCUGCCAAGCCGCACUGCUUCUUGACACACUGCUCGCUUAACCCCGAAGCCAGCCACACCAACGUAUCGGAGGAAACACUGGCUAAAAGGUUUGAGAUCGAUGAAGCCGACCGCCAGAGACGCCUUAGCAGCUUCGCCUGUCGCGCCAACUCCUCCUGUGGCAACGGGUCGCUGCACAGCAUCCUGCCCAAGUCAGAGAGCAACGUCACCUUUCUGUCAGACCACCACCCCCUGACCACCACUAACCCUCUCUACGACGAAGAAGAAGACGGGAACUUCAGCAGCCCCUACGGGACAGCGAAAAGGGGCUCUUUCUCCCCCUCCCUCUCUGGGGGGUCCGGGAACGCCUGGACCAUGCGGACUCGUCUCCGUGGAGGGUCAGAGGGGUACGAGUCGCUGAAGAGACAGGCUCUGAUGGACCCGGCCCAGUGGGAGCUGCAGCUGCUCCAAGCUGGGAUGAAGGGUCAAGGAAGCCUGGAGGGUUAUGACGUCCAGAGCAGCCGCAGCACAGAGGAGAGCAAGCUGUCUGUCAGGGAGCAGGCCAGGCAGUAUGAACAGCAGGCCAUGCAGGAGAGGACCCCCAGGGGAGGGCGUGAAUCCAGGGGCUCCCUGACCUCCCCUCCUUUACUGCGGAACCAAGACAACAUUGACAUGCUGGAGUUAAGUGCAGAGACCCUGUUCUCCAUCAUGGACAGCCCCUACAGCCCCCUGUCCAUAGGGAAGGAUGUUCCUCCCCGCAUCAUCAUCACCCAGGGCGAAGGCUCUCCGCCCCUGGCCCAGAGGCCCACCCUGCCUGUCCUCAGGACCAGCAUCUCCAACUACAUCACUGCGGAGCCCUGCGAGAUCACUGUGGAGAUCAUCCCUGACCCGCCUGAGAAUCCGCCACCUCCCCCUCCUUCUCCUCAUUCUCCUCCACCUUCUCCUCAUUCUCCUCCACCUCCUCCUCCUUCUCAAACACCUCAUUCUGGUCCUCCUCCUCCCCCUGCCUCAUCUCCUCCUCCUCCUCCCUCCUCAUCUCCUCCCCCUGCACCCUUCAAUCCUCACUUCAUUGAGCCUGAUCAUUCUCCCCCACCCUCCUUCCCUCCAUCUCCCCCUCCUGCUCGGAAUCAUGCUCCUCCGCCACCACCCCCACCCCUCCCGCCCCCUUUCUCCCCCACUUUCGAACGACCCCGCCACACCGUUCAGUUUGUCCCAACCUCCCUGCCGCCCUUGUCCUCGCUCCGCCCUAUUUCCUCCCGGGCCCAUCCCCCUCCUCCUCACCCCCAACCCGAGGACGGUGUGAAGAGGAAGGAGCUAAAGGGGAUUCUGAAAAACCUGCAGAACCUCGCUGACAUUGAGAAGUCUGUUGCCAACCUCUACAGUCAAGUAGACAAGAAUCGCAAGGUGGCGCGAUUCGGCAAGAAACCCCAAGCAACCGAGGGACCAGAAGGAAUUCGGAGACAAAACAGAUCUGGGUCCCGUGAGGAACCAAACCAGCCAAACCUGACCAGCACGGAACCUGUGGUCCAACCAAACUCAACCACAAUUACUAACUCCUCUGAUCUGGAAACAAGCCAACCAGGCACUAACAAUGUAACCUCAGAGGUCCAGGAGCCAAGCCAAUCAAACCAGUCAAAUACAGACUCUGUGAUUGAGGAACUAAGCAAUCACUUUCCAUCCCAAUCCACCACCUUCUGA